AUGACCACACCACCACACACUCCGACCUGGCCCAGCUCGUUCCUACGUGAGGUCAGAAUCACACCCCAUUCUACACCAUCCUACCCACCGAGUCAGGCCUCGACAACCGCGUCGCCGCACCAGAAUCACAUGGUCGUGCAACUCGACCCCGCUCGCUCCUCGUCGGGGCCCGGCACGGGUGUGGGUAUGGGUGUAGGCACGUCCUCGUCGGCGACAUCGACUCCGCAAUCCCGCUACGGGGAGUUCGAAGCCUAUGCCUCCCACGACGAAAGCACUUCGCCGAUGCUCAGACCGACCUCCCCUUCCUGGGUCGGGACACGCUCCCCUUCGCCGCCGAAUACACUGCCGAUCACCUCGGGGCCCUCGUCGCGCCCACCCUCGGCCUCGCACACCACCACGCGACGGUCGUCCAUCUCGGACCCCAAAUGGGACGCACCCAACCCAGCUUCGACUCUCUCCCCGUGGAUACUAAAACGCAAGAGCUGGAUUGUACUGCUCCCGCUCGCCCUCGUCUCGCUCACCUAUGCCAUCUCGAGCCGACGCGGUGGGUCGUACUCCGCCUCGAGCCAUGGCGCCGGGAGAAGGAUCUCGACAUGGCGCCCCUCGUUUGAUCGGUGGAGGCUCAAUGGUGAACAGGGAGCAGCGGCCCAAAGUGGGACUUCCAAUGCGGACGGGGAUCUAGGCGUCGAGCCGCAACGGCUGCGGCAUCACUGGUGGAAGCCACAGGAGAUUCUCGACGACGAGGGCAACCUCUGGCCGAAGCAGGGCAAGAAUGGGUCCAAGAUACGGACAGAAAAGGGCAACGUGCUCAUGUAUCGAAACGAUUUGUGAGUGUGUCGAACGUCAACUUGCCCACGCAUCGAGACGCUUGCUGACCUCGCAAGGCGAAAAACCCUUCGCUCAGUGGCGGGACGUGGGACGCGAGAACCGACAGUCUCCGAGCACGGUGUCAAGCCGACACACCGCCACUAUCGACAAAAUGGGACUAUUCUAAGCAAACAAUAUCAGGCGUCAACUUUGGAGGGUGAGUCGGGCAUUCAAGUUGUGCUCCCUCCGCUGCAGACUUGACGCGACAACGUUACUGAUUUCCACGCCCGACAGAUGGUUGACACCGGAACCUUUCAUCACACCUCACCUCUACGAGCCGUAUCUCGCCUUUGAGCAAGAGGCCGUCGACGAAUACACUUUAUCCGUUCAUCUCGGCAACAAGCUCGAAGCGACCCUGACACACCACUACGAGACCUUCAUCACCGAAAAGGACUUCGCCGAAGUCGCAGGCGCAGGAUUGAAUUGGGUCCGCAUCCCAUUGAGUUAUUGGGCGAUUGAGACGCAGGAGGGGGAACCGUUCUUGGCGCAUGUCUCUUGGACUUGUGAGUGCACGCCUAUUCGGGGUGAACACGGUUACGUUGUAGGCGAAGUCACUAAACAAGAAGCGCCUCAUAGAUUUCCUGAAAGCGGUCGAAUGGGCUCGCAAGUAUGGCCUCAGGAUCAAUCUCGACCUGCACACCGUCCCAGGCUCCUCAAAGUUGGUCUCGUCUACAUGCAAGCAUGGUUUAUGGAUCUAUUUUGCUGAUUACGUACUGCUCUUCAAAUCUCUCAGCGGCUGGAAUCAUUCUGGCAAAUCGGGGACCGUCAAUUUGAUGAAUGGCGUCAUGGGUAUCGCCAACGCCGAACGCACGCUCAAUAUCGUGCGAUCGCUGGCCAGAUUCAUCAGUUUGCCGGUCAACCGAAACGUGCGUUCGCAUCCAUCUGGCCUGCCGUCAGGACCACGAGAGCUGAAUCUAUCCGAUUCUUUUCACAGAUCAUCCCGAUGUUCAGUGUGCUCAACGAGCCUUAUCUCAACGUCAUCGGCCAUGCCGCGCUGCGACCUCUGUCAGUCGUGCUCCACUGACGAUGGCUGAACCCUCAAACUAAUGAGACAUCGUCUGUGCCUGCAGUUACGUGAAGCUGUACGAUACCGUUCGCGCCGAGUCCGGCUUUGGUGAUGGAAAUGGACCAGUCAUCGUGUAUCAUGACGGCUUCAAGGGGACUGCGGUUUGGCACGGCUUCAUGAAGGGCUCGGAUCGCGUCGCCCUCGACUCUCACCGCUACCUCUGCUUCCGAACACCCAAUACCGAUCCUCUGCCAGUGCAGUCGAUCAAGCCCUGCGUGAACUGGAUGCGCCACUUCAACCGCACGAUGCGGUCUUUUGGCAUCUCGAUGGUCGCCGAAUGGUCAAUCGCAACCAACGACUGCGGUCGAUUCGUCAACGGCGUCCACGUCGGUACCCGUUUCGAAGGGACCUACGGCGAUCCCAAGAUCGUUGCCGCUGCGGAACCCGGCGCGUGCGAGUUUUGGGAGGAUUCGACGCAAUGGAGCAAGCAGAUGAAGCUCGACUUGCAGGAUAUUGCGUUGGCGCAUAUGGAUGCGUUCCAGAAUUGGUUCUAUUGGACGUGAGUCGUGAUUACGCUGAAUUCGGGUCAAAACCCUGAAGAUGGGACUGACAAUUGUGCAUGCUGAUCAGAUGGAAGACGGGGCCCUCGUUAUUGCACCCUGAUCGACCAGCCAAUCCGAUGUGGUCCUACCGCCACGGCCUCCUAAACGGCUAUAUUCCCAAAAACCCUCGUGUCUUCCCCGGUUUCUGUCGCCGCCAAUUCGAGCGCUUUAACCGCACUCAAGAGAAGACGUACCACUUCUCGGGCCAACUCUUGAAUUGGCAAGCCGGGUUGGGCAAGAACCCCGGCAGCGAGAUGGAUCGAGGAGGGUACGAAUGGCCACCCGAGAAGAUUGGCCUGGGGACAUUUGAAGGACAACAGUUGUUCGUCAAGGACCUACCUCGGUGGUCCAAGACGGGCAAGAGCAGUCCUUUACCUUGGCCCAAGGGGUUGUAUCGCCCUCGACCCAAGGGCACGGGCGAGGUCGAUAGGGCCGAGGAACCUUGGUACGAACCAAUCGAAGGGUGCGUUUACCCCGAUGCGUACUCUGGUGUAGGCGAACACGUCGCCAUCCCUGAUGGGACCAAAUGCGGUGCUUCGGCUUUCUGA